UGAACCUUGUAUAUAUUGUUUCAUGACUAACUGUUUCUAAUUGCUUCAUUUUGUAUUGUUUAUUUAGGUCAUUUUUAGUGCCUAUUUUCAAGUAAAUGGGUUGAAAUUGUCAUGUCUAAUAAAACCGUAAUGCAUUUGAGAAGACUGGAUUUUUUUUUUAUAAAAGAUGAUAUAAUAUCUUUAAUUUGGAGUUGCAGAAGAAAGUAUCUUUUAAUUAGGCUUGGGCUUGGCACAUCAACCUUUUCAAGUCAAAUAAUAACAAAAAAUUAUUUUCUUGUAGUUAGUUGUGUAAAAUGAUUGGACAUCAAAAUUCAGUUUAUAAUUUACAACUACUAUUUACAAAAAGAUUAUAAAUUAUCUUGGAUAUCUUGAAAAUCUAAAUGCUUGUUUGACAUGGGGAACAGACUUGGCCAUAAACCACUUUUUUUUUUUUUUUUUUUUUAUCAAGAGAGAAAUAAAGAUAGCAUCAGACCACAAAAAUACAACUUGUGGGUACAAAUGUCCAUUGACUUCAAGUCUUCCAUGGCAUUAAGUUGUUCUUCAUUUGUGGCAUUAUAAAUGAACUGGUUUCUUCUUCAUAAUAAUCUAUCACUUCAUCAUAACAAACUAUCUUUCCACUUCAACUUUCUUCUAAAUUAAACUGAGUUAGGGAGGGUUGAUAAAUGGGGAAUCCGUGGGGUUUGGGGCUCCAUCUCAUUUUCAUAUGUGUUUUUUUGUUUGCAACCAAAUAUACUUGUUUGGGUGUUGGAAAUGUCACUGUUGUUUGCUCCCAGAAAGAACGACUUGCUCUUCUCAGGUUCAAAGGGAGUGUCAUCGAAGAUGGUUUCGGAAUGUUGUCUUCAUGGGUGGGUAAGGAUUGUUGCCAGUGGGAAAGAAUCCAUUGUGGCAGUCGCACUGGAACCAUUGACAGCCUCAAUCUCAGAGGAGAUUACUUUGGCUGAGUUGAGGCAUCUCAAGUACCUGGACUUGAGUCAGAAUGAUUUUGGAGGAAGCCGGUUCCCUAAGUUCAUUGGAUCCUUCAAACAGCUGAGAUAUCUCAAUCUCUCUUAUGCUGGUUUUCAAGGUAUUAUUCCUCCUUACAUUGGAAAUCUUUCUAAUUUAAAGGUUUUGGAUCUCAGUUGGAAUGAUGAUAUGUCAUGGACUUUUGGCCUUUCAUCACUCGAGCAUCUCGACUUGAGUUGGGUGGAUCUUGGCGGAGCAAAGAACAUGGGCAUGGUGCUUUACAAUCUUCCUUCGUUAAAAGAGUUAAGUUUGCAUGGUUGUGGACUUUCCAAUGCCCAUCUUGGUCCUUUUCUUAAUUCGAGUAGAAUACUUCCCAACAUCAAACACCUUGAUCUUGGCUUCAAUUCUUUCAAAGGCCCACUCCCUGGAUUUUUCCGAAACAUGACAUCCCUAGCAUUCCUCGAUCUUUCUAAAUUUAAUCUUAGUUUGGCAUGGAACUUUGCAAACGUGCUAAACAUGAUCCCUUCUUUAUCAGAGCUGCAUUUGUCACUUUGUAUGCUUUCUAACAUCCAACACCUGGAUCUUAGCUGGAAUUCAAUUGAAGGCAUAUUUCCAUCUGUUUUCAGUAACAUGAGUUCCUUAAGAGUCCUUGAUCUCUCAAGAAACAUGCUGCAUUCUUCGGUUCCUAUUAUGGCUAACCUUCUAGAGCUUGAUCUUUCUGUUAACCAGUUUAAGAAUAUUGAGGAUGUUGGAAUCUGGAGACAGUGUCACCUGAAAACAUUGGCUACAUAUGGAAAUCCUUUUGAAAUAGAAAGGAUUGACCCACCGCAAAACGUUUCAGAAUGCUCCCAAUAUGCUUUGGAGCGGUUGGAUUUAAGUGGGUGUUUGAAUGGUACGAUUCCAGAAGCAUUUGGAAGACUAACCAAUUUAAGACACUUAGAUCUAUCAAUGAGCAGUUUGACAGGUCCAAUCCCCGAAUCUCUAGGAAGAUUAAGAUUCUUAGAGGUAUUAGAUCUACAUGAUAACCAAUUGAAUGGUUCAAUUCCAGAAUCCUUUGGAAAUCUUGCAGCUUUAGAAUCUUUGUAUCUACAAUCCAAUCACUUAACGGGCCCCAUCCCAACAUCUCUAGGAAGACUUGUUUCAUUACAAGCAAUUCGGUUGUCUUCAAAUUUGUUAAAUGGGACUAUUCCGGUUUCAAUUGGGCAACUUGCCAAACUCAAAUAUCUUGAUAUCUCAGACAAUUCCUUAGAAGGAGUAGUUUCCGAAGCCCAUUUUGCUAACCUUUCGAUGUUGGAGCACUUGGAUGCUUCUUCUAACACCAAGUUGGCAUUCAAUGUCUCACGUGAGUGGAUACCUCCAUUCCAGUUGUAUGGUCUAGAUCUCAGUUCCUGCAAUCUCACAAAUGGAUUGCCACAGUGGCUACGAAAUCAGUUCUUGCUCUCUGAGUUAGUGUUGUCGAAUGCUUCAAUUUCGGGACCUCUGCCCAGAUGGUUGCGGAAGAUGCCUGUCAUUGAUUUCUUAGAUCUCUCUCACAACAAACUCAGCGGACCAUUGACAAACCUUCCAGAAAUAGGACUGGCAUUAAUAUUAGCAAAUAACAUUUUCAAUGAGUCGAUUCCAAGGUCCUUGUGCAGAUGGACGCAUUUGGAAUAUCUUGAUCUUUCCAGAAAUAGGUUAACAGGGAAAAUUCCCAAGUGUCUCCAGAAUCUGAAAUUGUUGGAAACCAUGAUAUUUAGUUCAAAUUUGCUUUCAGGUGUCAUUCCAAGUUAUAUAGCAAAUAAUCAUUCAUCAUUGUAUUGGUUAACAUUGAAUGGCAAUAACUUUACUGGGGAAAUUCCUCAAGGUUUGGGGAAUUUACGAGCUUUAAGAGUGUUAGAUGUGGGUGAUAAUCAACUGUUCGGAAACAUACCCCACUGGAUCGGAGAAAAGCUGACAAAUUUGAUGGUCUUAAAGCUACACAGGAAUAACUUCACUGGGGAAAUUCCUGAAUCUUUGUGCAAAAUGUCGAAACUUCAAAUUUUGGAUGUUGCACACAACAACUUCACAGUUUGAUUCAGGGAUUUCUCAAGAUUUAUUGGGACAGAUGGGUGUUUGCAAGUGAACGAUGUUGAAGGGUUUAGCAAGAGGUUGCAUUUGAAGAACAUUCCAAGGUGGCAGUCUAAUUAGUCUCAGCAGGUAACAAAUCAGUGAACAACAAUUCAAAUGGAAGCUGAGAUAGAAAUUGGUUACGCAAAGAGAAGACGGAUAUGAUGCAAGAAGUUAUCGAGUUACAACAUGUAAAUGGUCAGACACAUCAUUAUUGGAGACACAUCAUUAUAUGGAAUCAAUAAAGAAAAAAACUUAAAAGCAGUCAAGGUUGUGUUAUUGCUUUUUUCUUGAGUGUUUAAGCCGUAGAUGUGUCUUUGAGCAUUGUCAUUCUGCAAGAAUUUCCAUGGGUUUGACAAUUCCUGUGGUCAACAUCUUGAUUUUCCUUUUUGUUGCUUUCAAAUCAAAUAUGAGUUUAUUGCCUAUACUUCUUUCUUUUUGUAUUUUGCUUUUCCAAAUUGUUACUUUUACUCUUGGUUCGUCUUGAUCAUCAACAACAAUAGUUAAUUGUAAAAUCAAGGACUCAUUUAAGUUACAUAUCUUGGUCUAUUUUUCAAAUAAUUAAGUAAGAAUCAGGUAUCCACUUAUUAUCUAUUUUUCUAUUUGUAAAUUUUCUUUUUCUUUUAUCAUGCAAAGGGGGAAAGUUUUGGUCUUGGUUAUGUUAUUAUGAAUGAUAAACAACACCGUACAUGCAUGGUUGUUGUGGUUUUUGGUGGUGUUUUGUUUCUUACACAUUCAUCUUUUAUUGGUUUCUGUGAUUUAAUUCAGGGAUUUAGCAAGAUUUAUUGAAUAGGUGGGAGUUUGUGCAUGAACAUUUCUUAUGAGGGGUUUAGCAAGAGGUAACUUUUGAAGAAAAUUUGAAGGUGGGACUUAAAUCAACUCAGCAGGUAACAUAGAAUUGAAAUCCAAAGGGAAGCUGAAAUAAAAUGGUUACGCAAAGAGAAGAGUACAGAACUGAUGCAAAGUUAUUAAAUUACAACAUCAACAUGCUCAGACACAUCAAGAUGUGCAAUAAAUAAUAAGAUAACUCAAAGCCGUCGAGCAUACACAAAAGCAAUAGGUUUUUUGUUUUAUCACCUUUUUUCUUGAGUGUAAGCCCUUGAUGUGUCUUUCAGCGUUGUCAUGCUGCAAGAUUUUCAAUGGGUUUGAGAUUUCAUGGGUUUAACAUCUUGAUAUUCCUUUUUGUUGCUUUCAAUUCAGAUACAAUUUGAUUCAAUAUACUUCUUUCUA